AGGCCUUGGCUGUUUUUCUAACUCCAGUUCAACCCGCCGCGCAGCCAUCUACUACCAAAACAACCAGGACGGAAAUUGUAACAGUCGGACAACUGACAAGAACAUGCUGCAGUGUAAUGUUAAGUAAAUGUAAAGUGUGAUGUAAAUGAAGGCAGGUCUAGGUGCGGUCCCUGUCGUGUCCAUCUCUGCCGCCCCAACCCCACCCAGGGGCCUAUCUUGUUAGUGGGAGAUGACCUUUCCUCCUGCCACCCACCAUCUCACUAGUGACACCUUUACAAAAAAGUGAUGAGUGACAGUAAGCCAGUGUGGUGGGAUCGAUCGGACAAAUGACCACGGGUCAGACUCGAACCCGGGUCCCUGUGGGCACUCGGGCCUGACUGAGGAGGGAAACAAGGAAACCUGAAACGCCUCCCCACAAAUGCUUCAGAGCCACAGUAGCACUUCAGAGAACAUGUGAUGGGCUUGGUGUGUCGCUGUCAUGUGGUCUCCUCACUCUCACACCCGACGGAAAACCACGCCUCCACAAGGACCCCUCUGAGCACGGGUAACCUUUGACCUGUCCCCAGCGAGACACUGCACCCCUGAUCACAUCCGGGGGGGUGUUUACCACACACCCCGUCCACCCCCCAGCCCCCAGCCCCCACCCCCCCUUUACGGAUCUCAGCCACCUCCACCUCCACCCUCUCACCUGGAUUAGAUCUUCACUCUGCUGCAAGAUCUUCGUCCUCUGGCAGAGCGGCUGGACUGGAGGUUUGCGUACAAAUGUCUACCUCACGAUUAAAGGGCGUCUCUCUACCACUGCGACCCUGAACACUCUACAAAAUGACCUCCAGCAUAGACCGGGAUGACAGCAGUAUCUUUGAUGGGUUAAUGGAAGAAGAUGAGAAGGACAAAGCAAAACGAGUUUCCAGGAAUAAAUCGGAGAAGAAGAGGCGAGACCAGUUCAAUGUCCUCAUCAAGGAACUGGGCACCAUGUUGCCAGGCAACACCCGCAAGAUGGACAAGUCCACCAUCCUGCAGAAGAGCAUAGACUUCCUGCGCAAGCACAAAGAAAUCGCUGCCCAGUCAGAGUCAAGUGAGAUUCGUCAGGACUGGAAGCCGCCGUUCCUCAGUAACGAGGAGUUUACCCAGCUGAUGCUGGAGGCACUAGAUGGCUUCUUUCUGGCAAUCAUGACGGACGGAAACAUCAUCUACGUGUCGGAAAGUGUUACAUCUCUACUAGAACAUCUGCCUUCGGAUCUGGUGGACCAGAACCUGUUGAACUUCCUGCCUCUGGGGGAGCACUCUGACGUCUACAAGGCUCUGUCCGCAAACAUCCUGGAAGGAGAGACACUCACGCCUGACUACCUGAAGACGAAAAACCAGCUCGAGUUCUGUUGCCACAUGCUCCGGGGUACGAUAGACCCCAAGGACCCGCCUGUGUAUGAGUACGUCAAGUUCAUCGGAAACUUCAAGUCCCUGAAUAAUGUGCCUAACUCAACACGUAAUGGCUUCGAGGGGGUUAUCCAGCGAUCGUUGCGACCGGCAUUUGAUGAUCGGGUGUGUUUCAUAGCAACUGUGCGGUUAGCCAAGCCUCAGUUCAUCAAGGAGAUGUGCACGGUGGAGGAGCCUAAUGAGGAAUUCACCUCCCGACACAGCUUAGAGUGGAAGUUUCUCUUUCUUGACCACAGGGCGCCGCCCAUCAUUGGCUACCUGCCGUUUGAGGUGCUGGGCACAUCAGGGUAUGACUACUACCACGUAGACGACUUGGAGACGCUGGCCAAGUGCCACGAGCACUUGAUGCAGUAUGGGAAAGGCAAGUCGUGCUACUACAGGUUCUUGACAAAAGGUCAGCAGUGGAUCUGGCUGCAGACACAGUACUACAUCACCUACCACCAGUGGAAUUCCAGACCUGAGUUCAUCGUUUGCACACACACAGUAGUCAGUUAUGCUGAGGUGAGAGCGGAACAGCGACGAGAGCUGGGUCUCGAGGAGUCUCACCCAGAGAUCACUGCAGACAAGCAGAGUCAUCAUGACUCGGGCUCGGAGUCGCAGCUCAACACCUCCAGUCUAAAGGAGGCGCUAGAGCGCUUCGACUGCAGCCACACGCCCUCCGCCUCGUCACGCUCCUCACGCAAGUCCUCCACGCACACGGCUGUCUCCGAUCCCACCUCCACACAGACGAAGUUGCAGACGGACCGCAGUACGCCGCCACGGCAAUCGGUCUCCGCCAUGGAACGCCGCCCCUCCAUUGGCAGUCAGUCGAUGAGCUCGCAAAACACGGCGCAGACGAUGGCCACGUCGAUGGUCUCCCAGCAACAGCAGCCACAGCAACAGCUCCAGCCCACUGUGCAGUUCACCACUCAGCUGGACGCCAUGCAGCACCUGAAGGACCAGCUGGAGCAGCGCACGCGCAUGAUCGAGGCCAACAUCCAGCGGCAGCAGGAAGAGCUGCGCCAGAUCCAGGAGGAGCUGCAAAGGGUGCAGGGACAGGGCCUGCAGAUGUUUCUCCAGCCUGGUGCUAGCGGGCUCAACCUGGGCUCGGUGCAGUUGACUCAGGGGACAGCCUUGCAGGCAGGCACUCUCACCAUGCAGGGCCAGGUGGUGCCAGCGGGCAGCCUCCAGGGCGGCCUCACGGCCACCCAUCACGUCAUACAACAGCAACAACAACCACAGCAACAACAACCGCAGCAGCAGCAGCAGCAACAGCAACAGCAACAGCAACAGCAACAGCAGCAGCAACAACAACCACAGCAGCAGCAGCAGCAAGCCCAGGCUCAGCCGCAGAACCUCCUGCGUGAUCAGAGCGCCACCCUCACACAGCGGCCGUCCCACCAGCUGCAGUCCCCGCAGGGUGCCCUGCCGGCCUCCCUCUACAACACCAUGAUGAUGGUGCAGCCGUCGCAGCAGGCGCAGGCCAACGUGGUGCAGAUCUCCACCAGCCUGGCGCAGACCAACAGCCCCAGUGGUGCCGCCGUCGCCACCUUCUCCCAGGACCGGCAGAUCCGGUUUCCAGCGGGCCCUCAGCUGCUGACAAAGCUGGUGACCGGUCCGAUGGCCUGCGGCGUCAUGGUGCCCACUACCAUGUUCAUGGGCCAGGUGGUGACGGCGUUCGCGCCGCAGCAGGGCCAGCCGCAGACCAUCAGCAUCGCCCAGCAACCGACCCAGCAACAACAACAACAACAACAACAACAACAGCAACAACAACAGGCGCAGGAGCAGCAGGCGCAGACGCAGGCAGCAGUAGCAGCCGCGCAGCAGCAGCAGGGUCAGGCCAAGGCGCAGCUGGCUCAACAGCAGACGCAGUUCCUGCAGGUGACCACCAGGGGGCCGGGCGUGUCAAAGGCCCCUCGGCUGCUCCAUAGUAACCAGUCCACCCAGCUCAUCCUGCAGGCUGCCUUUCCUCUGCAGCAGCAGGGGGCCUUCACCACCACACAACAGCUGCAGCAGCAGCAGCAGCAACAACAACAGCAACAACAGCAACAGCAGCAGCAGCAGCUACAGCAACAACAGCUCCAGCAGCAACAGCAACAGUUGCAGCAGCAGCAGUCACAUAGAGUAGACGGCAUGUCGGACCGGUCCAAUGCACCCACGCAGUAGCCUGGCUUAAGGGGCUGCAGGAUGCACAGUGGUGAGGGUGAUGGUGGUGGUUGUGGUGGAGGAGAGACGUUAGUUGGUGAUUGACAGUGGAGAGGGUCAUUUGGGUAUUGUUUUUUUUUGUUGUUUUUUUUUCAAAGCUAACAGUAUGAAUACUGUUUCGUCUUUUUAGACCACCCGGCCCUCUUCCUGCAUUGACUCUAGGGGAGUGUGUGUGUGUGUGUGUGUGUGUGUGUGUGUGGGGGGGGGGGACGGGUGAUGGAGGUUUUGGCCUCUGCCCCCACCCCCUGCCCGUGUCACCAUCCCUGCCUCACCCCACCCCGCCAUCCUCCUCAGGAUGCCUGCCUGCCUGGACGCAAGUUCUGGAAUGUUCCAGGAACACGUGGCUGCGCUACACGUUGGACCCUUCGGUCAGCUUGUGACCUGAGGAGUGACGGUGGCCCGCCUGUCUCGGUCGUGGAAUCCCGCUCGAGAGCUGCUGCACUGGCAUCGUCCACUGCCGGAGACAUCCACUGCGUGGGCUGUCCACCUGGCAAGCCUCUUGCCCUCUCUUCUCUCGUCCCUGGUAUCUUGUGUGCCCGUCACCUCUCACAGGUUUAAUUUAUGCAGACCGUUUCAGACACUGGGCUGAAGCGAAUCAUCUGGGCUUCAAAGAGGUCCUGCUGAGCAGACGACUGCUUUCUCCCUCUUCACCCCUCUUCUCUUCUCUCCUUCUCUCUCUCUCUCUCUCUCUCUCUCUCUGUUGCUCCUUUUCUUUCUUUUUCAUGUCAAAGUAAUUAUGGGUCAGAAAAUAUUUUUAAGAAUGUCAUGUGGAUUGAACUUUUAUUGUACAGAACACCUGUAAAAUAAUCUGUAAAUAUAUGGAUACAAGGACAGAGAAACUAAUAUUUUAUAUAAUGCAUGACAUGAAAAGCCUAGUCUGUUAUUUGUAGCUUUGAAUAUACUUUUUUUCUAGUAUUCAAAGAAAAAAAGAGAACUUAACAUGCUUAAUGGCUGAUAUUGUUCACAGACUUGCUUUUCCUUGUGGGUUGUGUGCGUGUGUGUGUGUGUGUGUGUGUGUGUGUGUGUGUUUGUAUGUGAAUUAGUGUGUAUGUGUCUGAAAAGCAGGCACUGCUGGUUUUACAAAUUGUGUCACAGUUUGUUUUGUCCUCAAACACAUAAUUUAUUAGUACUGUUGAGUUUUUUUUUUAUGGAAAUGGAACAGAUUUUUAAAAGUAAAUAUAUAUGGCAUUGGUUUAUAUAGUACAGAUAUAUUAUUCAACAUUUUUAAUUAGUAUACACAGAUACAGAUCAGAUGGCAUUGUUUCAUGGAGUGAGUGAGUGUGUUUGCGUGCGUGUGUGUGUGUGUGUACGUGUGUGUGUACGUGUGAGUACCUGUGAGUGUGUGUGUGUGUACGUGUGUGUGUGUACGUGUGUGUGUGUACGUGUGUGUGUACGUGUGAGUACCUGU